AUGCGAGUGGGCGGUCAUGCUGAGGAAGGAAGUCUUGUCGUGUCAUUGGGUAACUGUUUUGCUUGUGGUAUAUUCUUGUCGUCAUGUUUCCUUGGCCUCCUGCCACAUAUCCGAAAACAUGAAGAACACAUUCGAAAUCUAUGGACUGCAACAGCUGGUCAUACCGAUCUAUCUUUACAUAUAUUUUUAAAUUCGGACUUGAUUGUUUUAAUGGGCUUUCUUUUAAUACUUCUCCUUGAAGAG